AAGAUGGCUGUCUAUUUUGUGUCUCCACCUCCGCUGUCUGUCCUGUGAUUCCCAUGUUAUGAUUCUAUUGCUUUGAAUAUGAGCUCGGGCAAAAACGGAUACCGACAGCGACUGAUUUUGGCAGUGGAUGUGGGGAGUAGUGUUCUCAGGUGUCAUGUUUAUAACCGUGCCGGGAAGAUCUGUGGAAGUGCGGAGGACAAGAUAAAUGUUCUGUAUCCUAACCAUGGAUUUGUGGAGCUUGAUCCUGAUGGAUUAUGGGAGCAAUUUACCACUGUAGUCAAAGAGGCUGUGAAAGAUGCAGGUAUCAAAAUUAGUCAAGUGGCUGGUCUUGGGAUUUCAACACAGCGUGCAACGUUUAUUACCUGGGACAAAAAGACUGGAAAACCUUUUCAUAAUUUCAUCAGCUGGCAGGACCUGAGGGCAGCAGAAUUGGUCAGAUCCUGGAACACAUCCCUGCUGCUAAAGGCUGUCCAUGGCUCCUGUAAGCUUUUGCAUUUUUUUACGCGAACAAAACGUUUUCUGGCAGCCAGUUUGAUAAACUUCACCACUCAGCACGUGUCUCUUCGUUUGGUGUGGGUCUUACUCAAUAUACCUGAGGUGCGCCAGGCAGCAGAGGAAGGAAACUGCUACUUUGGUACCAUUGACACCUGGCUGCUGUAUAAACUUACCAACGGCUCAAUUUAUGCAACAGAUUACUCAAAUGCGAGUGGAACAGCAAUAUUUGAUCCUUAUCUGAUGUGCUGGAGCUCCUUCCUUUGUUCCAUGCUGUCCAUUCCUAUGUCUAUAUUUCCUCCUGUAAAAGACACAAGUUAUGACUUUGGCAUGGUUGAUUCCAGUAUAUUUGGAGCUCCAAUACCUAUCAGGGCUUUGGUUGCGGAUCAGCAGGCUGCCAUGUUUGGCCAGUGCAGCUUUGAUGUGGGGAAUGUUAAGUUAACAAUGGGAACUGGAACUUUUAUGUCUAUUAACACAGGCAACACCCUACAUACCUCAAUAGCAGGUCUGUAUCCUCUGAUUGGCUGGAAGAUUGGUGAAGAGGUGGUUUGUUUGGCAGAAGGUAAUGCCUCAGACACUGGUACUGCCAUCAGAUGGGCUCAGGAGUUGAAUCUUUUCAGCAAACUCUCUGACACUGAGGACAUGGCACGAAGUGUGUCAGACUGCGGAGGAAUUUACUUUGUACCUUCUUUUACUGGUCUACAGGCUCCAGUAAAUGAUCCAUUUGCUUGUGCAUCAUUCAUGGGUCUCAAACCUUCCACCAGCAAGAGCCAUCUAGUUAGAGCAAUUUUGGAGUCUGUCGCAUUCAGAAACAAGCAGCUGUACGACACUGUGCUGAGAGAGACUUGUAUUCCCAUAACCCAAAUAAGGGUCGAUGGAGGAGUCAGUAAUAAUACUUUCAUUAUGCAGAUGACUGCUGAUCUCUUCAGCCAGCCAAUUGAUAAACCCAAACACACAGAUAUGUCCUCAUUGGGAGCAGCCUUCCUAGCUGGCCUGGCUGUGGGUAUGUGGUCCAGUAAAGAGGAGCUGAAGAAACUAAGAAAGACAGAAAUUGUUUUUGAACCACAGACCAAAUUGAAGGACUACGAGCAAUACAUGAAAAGCUGGGAACUGGCCCUGAAGAGAUGUUCCAAUUGGUACAAUGACUCUUAGCAGAAUAAAUAUUAAUUUUCACCUCAUUAUAACCAGAGACCUUAAUUGUGCAGUAGAGCAUCACAUACUCAUCAUCAUCUAUCCUUGUGAGGGUUAAGCGGUGCUCUCAAAGCUGCUAAUCUCAUCCUACACAUUUACAUGCCUUAAUAAAAGCUGCUAUUGAUCUUUCUUUACUACAAGGGCACAAGCUGUCUUUCCUGAAUACGCUUGCCAACAGUGUGAGUUUGCAGCAAUAAUGGUUUGUGUCACACUUUCUCUCACAGAAUGUUGUACUCUGUGAAAGCAGCCGAUGGGCAUAUAAAAAAUUAAUCGGAAAGCACUAGCACUGCAAUAUCCCAGAUGAAAAUGGAUAUGGAGGAUACUCUAAAGGGGGACGAGAAACUGGUUCCUUAGGAGCAUAGUAACAGGAGCUGUAUAUAUUUACAUUGCUCUUGUUAACUAGACUUUUAAAUUACCUAUAGUUUUUGAAUAAUAUAUUAUUCAAUCUUGAUCGUUAAAUUAUCAAAAUACUGUGAACUUAAAUGUAAAUAAUCAAUGAUAUUUUUUUUUCUUGAAAAAUAUUUUAAUAUCUGUUGUUUUUAACCAUUUAUUUUUCUCAUCUUUUUUUAUGUAGAAUUUUAUUACCGUGUAUAACCAUCAGAACAAAAAAGUUUAAAAGCCUGUGCCAAAUAUGAGUGAUUACAAAUAAAUCACUUUUGUUUAUUAAUGUCAAA